CUGGGAAUAAGUUGUUAAUGUAAUAUCUGGUAAUGAUCUGAAGACACGAAUCGAAAAACAUUAUCGACAAAGCUAUCUAUACAGAAUAGCGGUUUUGAAAAUAUGUUCACAGAUGACACCUAUGGGGUCCCUAUAUCGAUAAUCGAUAAUCGAUAUCAAAAAUAGGUUGUAUCGAUACCGUAAACGAUAUAUAUCGCUGUACAUCGCAAGCGAAUUUUUAUAGGUUAGGUUAGACGACAACAGAUGCUGACGUGGUUAAGCGAUAACGAGUGCCGACAAGCGUAUAUAUUAAUCACAUCAAAGUAUUUAACAGCAAGUGCUUGCUGUUAAAGAAACGUCGCGGCUGAAUAUGCCGUAUAGUGAGCAACAGAUUAAGGAUAAGGUGACUGAAGGAUUGAAAGCUUCGCACGUGGAACCUCCUCUCGAAAUUCUUGCCGAUUAGUUUCGAUUCGAGGAUAGCUAUUCGGCGCGACAAACAAGGCUACUCGUGUGAGGGAGAAUGCAGGGAAAGCUGCAGCUCGCGUUGAUCACCUCCUUUGCCGUUAUCUUGAGAUGCUGCGUUACUUACCAUCCCCACAGCGGGGAGGGCAAGCCCCCUAUGUACGGAGACUACGAGGCCCAACGGCACUGGCAGGAGAUCACGUUGAACCUGCCUCUUGACAAGUGGUACAUCAAUACCACUGACAACGAUCUGCAGUAUUGGGGCUUAGAUUAUCCGCCCCUAACGGCAUACCACAGUCUUCUGUUAGGUCACGUUGCGAACAGGAUAGAUCCCGCCUUCGUGAAACUGUGGGAAUCUAGAGGAUUCGAGAGCGCAGCGCAUAAGCACUUCAUGAGACUGACCGUCUUAAUCGCAGACAUUCUGAUUUACUUGCUGGCAAUUGUAUAUUUCACGAUCAACUCGUGUUCGUGGGUCAAUCGUCAGUUUGACGAGUCUAACGUGUUCAAGUUCACAAGGAGGGACGCUGCCGUUCUGACAGCAAUGAUCUAUCCAGGAUUGAUACUGAUAGAUCAUGGACACUUUCAAUACAACUGUGUGUCACUGGGUCUCUUUGUCGCCGCUGUAGCCGUUAUAGUGCAAGGUUCCUACACCAUGAGCUCAGUCCUGUUUGUCCUGGCGCUAAACUACAAGCAAAUGGAGCUGUAUCACGCUUUACCAUUUUUCUUCUACAUUCUCGGGCGUCACACUCCUGGCAAGACGGGGUCCUGGCCCCGCUGCAUUCGCACGCUGACAUGCGUAUCUCUCGCAGUACUGCUAACGUUCUACGUUAUCUGGAUGCCGUUUCUCAGGAGCAGAGAUCUGCUUUUCAGUGCGGUGCUCCGAUUAUUCCCCUUUUCCAGGGGCGUGUUCGAGGAUAAGGUCGCCAAUAUCUGGUGCGCGAUCAACGUUGUCUGCAAAUUACGACAGAUCUUCACGAACGCACAAUUAGCCAAGAUCUGUUUAAUGACGACAACGUGCGCGGUUCUACCGAGCUGCAUCAGUUUGUUCCUAUCGCCUACGAGAAACGCGUUUUUACUCUCUUUAGUAAACUCCGCCCUGGCAUUCUUCCUUUUCUCGUUUCAAGUUCACGAGAAGUCUAUUCUCUUAGUCGCCGUCCCAGUCUUAUUAUAUUUUCAUGAUAAUCCCUUCCCUUGCUUCUGGUUCUUGAUCAUCUCUCAUUUCAGCAUGCUACCAUUAUUCAUUAAGGACAAGCUGUACCUUGCUUAUCUUGGCACAAUGGUCUUUUACGUUUGUUCUGUCUCUUGGAUGUGGCCCGAUCUAUUUUAUAACGAUAAAACAAGCAGUUCGUUAAAUAAAGGCAAAUCAAGGUCGAAAGACAAAGUGAAACAGUAUAAGAAACGUGAACUUCUCUCAGAUUGGUUGGACUACAGUAAAAGGUCUUGGCUUCUCGUUGCGUUCUAUGGAUCUAUUUCAGGUGUGUUGCUUCUCUCUAUUGUCAGUCCAUAUGUGAAGCCUCCUGAAAGGUACCCAGAUCUAUUUCCACUUUUAGUAUCGAUAUAUUCAUGCGGGCAUUUUCUAAUUUUCUUUAUAUAUUUUAAUUACGUCCAACUAUUUGUAUUAAGGAAAGAGAGCAUUGUUAAGGAAAGUAAAGUCAAAUCACAUUGAACGAUGCGGCUACUGAAACCGGAAAAGUGUAAAGUGUUACAAUUGUAAAUAACAAAUAAAUCUGUUUUCUUUUAAAGGCA